AUGAAGUGGUUGGUCGCCUUCAUCAUACUCACUACGUUUUAUCCCAAUUCGCUGGAUGCAGUGCCGACAGUUGAAAAAAAACAUCCCGUUAAUCCAGAACAGAUGGGUGGACAUUACCAAGGUGAUAUGGUUUUUCCUGAAGAUGCAGCAACAAAGGGCGCAGCCAGUCGACCCACAUGGCAACAUUGGCCCAGUGGUGUUAUUCCUUACGAUAUGACGUCAUCCAUUUUAUCAAACCAUUCUGCAUUGAUACUUGACGCGAUGCGACGAAUGGAGAAUUUGACGAAAGUUAACGAUCGUAUGUGUAUUCAAUUUCGACCCAAAACCAAUACCGAUCCCAUAUUCAUCACAAUUAAAAAUGGCACUGGUUGCUCAGCUCACGUUGGUUAUCUACAAAACUUUACGUUAAAUCGUACUUUAACGUUAAUGUAUGCACCGCCAUACACAUGUAUGAUAACAGGAAUUAUUCAACAUGAACUGCUUCAUAUCCUAGGAUUUUUCCAUGAACAAUCUCGCCCGGAUCGAGACGACUAUGUUUCUAUUCAAUGGGAAAACAUUAUCAAUGGCACGGAAUUCAAUUUUGCGAAGUAUAGUGUGGACGACAUUGAUUCGCUUGGAUUACCGUAUGACUAUGGAUCAGUGAUGCAUUACGCAGGAAAUGCAUUUACAUCGAACGGGCAACCAACUAUCAUAGCAAAAAGAAAUAUCACGUCAACGUUAGGACAACGAGUCGGCAUGAGUUCGAUCGACAUUGCUGAAGUACAACGAUACUAUGGAUGUCUAACAGCUCCCACGUCAUCGCUAUCACCAAAACUGAUCACAUCGAUUAGUUUGAAACUAGUUUUACUUAUUUUUCAUAUAGGACUGUUUUGCAUUGAUUUGGUCAAAAUGAAUACUUUUAAUUUUUAA